AAAAACCAAAAGGGGAAAAAACACGAAAUUACACCCCGGAAAAGAAAGAAACACAGGUUUCUUCUUGCUGUCAGUAGGAUCGGCUCACCAAAAUAAUUUAAAAGCCUAAAUUAGAUAUAUGAAUAUCGAUGAAUAUUUCCAAUGAAAAGUGCAUGCGAGACCCCGAUUUAUGGCAGCAUUUGGUUGAACUGACUCAAAUUGUAAACAGGUCGAUUUUGGGAGAUACACGAAACAGCCAUUUGGUUGAGUUACAUAAGUUACGUCAGGAAAAUGAAGCUCUUCGUCAAGAAAACAAUUUGCUGCAUGAGAAAUUGAAAGAAUUCGAUUUUCGAGAUGUUGAUCGGGAAAUGGUUGCUGAGUACAAAAAAGAAAAGUUGAGCGGUAGUGAAAGGCUGCUACUCACUCAAGAGACGGUUUUGAGUGAAGUACGUGACGAUGACCCAGACCUCACAGAUAGCUCACCUGUGAAAUCACACAGUCUAGAAAAUUAUUCGAAUUUUUUUCCAGCUGAUAAUACACAGUCAAGAAGCAGUAAAAGGUGUUUUGAAGGUUCCACUGAUGAUGGCAUUGUGAAAAAGAUCAAAACCGAGCCCCUUAGUGACGACGCUCUUUUAGACAUUUCACAGAUAGAUGAUUCACAAGAAGGAAAUUCAAUCAACAACACGUCUAUAUUACACACAGUCCUGAGCAACAAUAACUCAACCAGGAGUCGAAAAAUUGACCUCACAGAGAAUCCACUUCUGAGGAGAUCGUGGUUUCCUGAAGAUUUUAAAAAAAAUCCUGUAUACGAAAAAUAUGUCAACGAUAGAUCCAAGGAUCGCAAAUCGGUACCAAAUCAUAUAUCAGCCCACUUCCAACGACAACAGCAACAUAUCCAGUCCAUAGCGAUUCACGAUUUCAAUAAAGUGGCAAUGGGCACUCAAGAAUUUGAAGAUUUUGAAAGCUCUGAUAAGGAAAACAAUGUCAUAAAUGAAACUUCCAAUUUGAUUACUCCUCCACAAGAUUGCAGGCUCAACUUCAAAAAUCCUGCAAUUUCUCCAAUGUACAAAUUUGAGAUUAACAAGCAAAACCUGAGCAAGUAUUUGAAGUAUUUUCCAAACUUACUAAGAACUAACAAAGUCAGAAAUUGGGAAGUGGAGGACAGUGCAGAGAACGAUGUCUGUGCCGAUUUUUUGCUCACCCAAGAUGUGCAGGAGAAAAAUAAUCGAGCUAGGCAAAGAGCCCAUUUGAGAGGAUUGCGCAUGUUAUUCCAGGCGUGCUUUGUUGUUGAGAAUGGUACACAAUUGGGAGCCUAUAUAUUUCGGAACAAGGAUUUCAAUGAAAAGGUUUGUAAGUCUGAAUUCGUGUUGGAUCUCUCAGUUUUCGAUAGUUGAUUCUAUGCUAUCCAUAUAUACAAAUUUAAAAAAUAAACAUCAGGAAGAUGUGUACAUUUUACAAGAUU